AUGAGUCUUGCUGAUCAUCUAGAGAAGCUUAUUCACUCAUCGGAAUCCCAUUCGGCAUCUCUUCAGAGCGAACUCGAUGACUUAGAACGAUGGGCAGCCACGAAAGCAACAGCCGUUUCAAAUGAUGCAAAGUUUGCAGGAUCUCCAGGUCCAGCGGUCGAAAGCCCCGUUAUAGAGCGACUUCGAGAGCUCAGAAAUACUACGAUCAAUACUCAAGACAAAGUAGAAGAGGACUUUGACGAUAUCACUGCACAUCCCCAAUUCGAUAAGCACCGAAAGGAAUUGAUCAGUUUGCUAUCUUCUAGUCAGUCUGAUGCGGAAGUGUCCAGCGCAAUCGCGGAAUUAGUGGGAUAUGAAGAGCUCGAUUUCGUUAUGAAGCUUACCUCGGCUCGCCAUGUACUAGUUUCCAAGGGAUUCGAGUCCGCCACUCGACAGAAAGUCGAACCGAAAUCGAAGAAGGGAAAGGACAAACGCGAUCAAGAUUUCUCUGAAGAGGCUGUAAAGAGGCGAAUGGCAGAAACUUUCCGUAAUGCUGCUGAACGGCCCCUUUUUAGCGGCACUGCCCAUGCCGAGGCUGAAGUUCUUCCACAUGUAUAUACAAGCGCAUCGAUGACACACAACCACUCGAUAUCAACAUUCGGGACCAAAUACCUGCUCCCUCUUGGCACGACACGGCGCUAUACAGAGGACUACGAAGAGGUCACUGUUCCUCCAGCACGGGUUGUACCACCCCGAGCCACUGAGCGACUCGUUCCGUGUUCAGAACUACCCCCCUUGGCAAAAGGAUCCUUCCCAGGAUAUACAUCAUUGAAUCGCAUUCAGUCUAUUGUGUAUCCUACUGCAUUCAAAACCAACGAGAAUAUGUUGAUCUGCGGCAAGCAGCCUCCUACGGGUGCUGGUAAAACGGAUGUUGCAAUGUUAACUAUCCUGCGAGCCAUCGACCAGCAUCGAGAUCAUCGAAUAAGCGACAUACCAUCCUCAGUGCGGCGUGAUGACUUCAAGAUCAUUUAUGUCGCACCAAUGAAGGCCUUAGCUGCGGAAAUCGUCCGUAAACUCGGAAAACGGUUGGCUUGGCUUCGUAUCAAGGUCCGAGAAUUGACUGGUGAUAUGCAGUUGACAAAGGCCGAAAUCGCAGAAACCCAGAUAAUCGUGACAACACCAGAGAAGUGGGACGUGGUAACCCGAAAACCUACGGGAGAAGGAGAACUGGCCACAAAAGUCAAGCUCCUAAUCAUCGACGAAGUUCACCUUCUGAACGAUGAACGUGGCGCUGUCAUCGAAACUAUCGUGGCGAGAACAAUUAGACAAGUUGAAGCAACGCAGGCGCUGAUCCGCGUUGUUGGUCUCAGCGCGACACUUCCGAAUUAUAUCGACGUCGCUGAUUUCCUGAGGGUAUCUCGAACACAAGGAUUAUUUUUCUUCGACUCGUCGUUUCGGCCAGUGCCUCUUGAACAGCACUUCUUAGGAGUGAAAGGGAAAAGCGGCUCACCAGCUGCAAAGCGUGCCCUAGAAAAGACGGCGUAUCACUUCGUUUCAGAGCUCGUCCGAGAGGGGCAUCAGGUCAUGGUAUUUGUUCAUUCUCGAAAGGAUACCGUGAAGAGUGCCGAAUCCUUGAAAGAGCUGGCAACAUUGGAGGGAGAACUAGACAUGUUCGGCUGUCAAGAAGACCCGAAAUUCGAAUUCUACCGCCGAGAAAUAGGCAUGUCCAAGAACAAGGAGAUGAAGCAAUUAUUCGACCACGGAUUUGGAAUUCAUCAUGCAGGAAUGCUGCGCAGUGACCGAAACUUGAUGGAGCGACUUUUCGAGUCUAAGGUGAUCAAGGUGUUAUGCUGUACGGCAACUCUCGCCUGGGGAGUCAACCUUCCUGCACAUGGGGUUCUGAUCAAGGGAACUCAGCUAUACGAUCCAAGUCAAGGAAAGUUCGUAGAUUUAUCGGUCCUGGACGUUCUUCAGAUCUUUGGACGAGCCGGCCGGCCUGGGAUGGAAAGCAGUGGCGUGGGUUAUAUUUGCACAUCCGAAGAUAAACUGCAGCAUUAUUUGGAGGCGGUUACAGCGCAGCAUCCAAUCGAAUCCAAAUUCGUUCACGGCAUCCUUGACUCUCUAAAUGCCGAAAUUGCCCUAGGAACAGUCACUAAUGUUGCCGAAGGCGCCGAGUGGCUAGGUUAUACGUACCUCUUCGUCCGAAUGCGUAAGAACCCAAUGGUUUAUGGUAUGACUCAUGAAGACCCAGUCAAUGACCCUGAUUUGAUUGAACGACGGCACUCCAUGAUCACUAUCGCUGCGAAGAAGCUGGCAGAAGUCGGCAUGAUUCGCUUCGACGAAGACAAAGGAAGUUUCUCAAUUACAGAUAUUGGGCGGAUUGCGGCGAAGUUCUAUGUCAGAUACGCAAGCAUCGAAGUUUUCCGAAAGGAGUUCCGACCAAAGAUGACUGAGGCUGAUGUCCUCGCGUUGCUUUCGAUGAGCACAGAAUUUGAGCAGAUUCAAGUAAGGGAGAAUGAGGUUGAGGAAUUAAAGGCGUUAGAACAAGAUAUGCCUUGUCAAGUCAAGGGCGGGACAGACACCAGCGCUGGCAAGGUCAAUAUCCUCUUGCAAGCCUACAUCUCCAAGCGGCCGGUAGAAGACUUUGCCCUCGUAUCCGAUACGAUGUAUGCCGCUCAGAACGGCAGCCGUAUCAUACGAGCUCUGCUGGAAAUUGCCCUCAGCCGCAAGUGGGCAAACGCUAGCUUAACUCUGAUGGCGAUGAGCAAGUCGGUGGAAAAACGGAUCUGGGGGUUUGAACACCCCUUGAAGCAAUUUGAUCUGACACCUGAAAUGCUCUAUAACCUUGGAAGAUGGGCAGACGAUGUCGAGGUUUUCGAACUUGCUUCCAUGUCGGCAGCAGAGCUCGGGAAACUUAUCCAUCUCAACGAAAAGCAUGGAGCAGCACUUUUGCGUGUGGCAAAGCAAUUCCCAUCGGUCAUUCUUUCUGCAAAGUUAAGGCCGCUAUCACACGAACUACUACUUAUCAACAUUGACAUGGAACGCGGCUUCGAAUGGUCAUCCAAAAUUCACGGGAGUGGAGAACCCUUCUGGGUAUGGGUGGAGGAUGACUCUGGUUUCAUUCUACAGCUGACGAGGGUGAGCUUCACCCAGAACACCAAACAUCUCCCUAUUGUCUUUAUUAUUCCUGUACCGCAACCGCUACCUCCGUCGGUUAUCUUACGUGCAAUAUCCGACCGCUGGAUUGGCGCUGAAGAGGAGGUCGUCUUGGAAUUGGGCAGUCUAGUGAUGCCAAACUUGUCAACCCGAAAAGCACAUAUUAUGGAUCUCCCUCUUCUUCGGACAGACCUAAAGAUCUUCGACCCUCACACCCGGAUGGCAUUCAAGCAAUUCAUCCAAUUCAACUCGAUCCAAACGCAAUGCGUUUUUUCAACAUAUAACACUGCCAGGAACCUACUUAUCUGCGCCUCUGCAUCUUCGGGUAAAUCGUUAUUGGGGCAAUUGGCCAUAUGGUAG